AUGACAGUUGCUGCGACUGUACUUCCCGCCGGCGAAGAUGCGCCCGCAUACCGCCCGCGCAGCUACCAGGUGGAGAUGUUUGAGGCGAAUGGGAACUGGCAGUGGGAAAACUCACAUGAACUGGAGAGUAAUCCGCACAAGUUGAUCUGGUUCUUAACGCCCACUGUCGCUCUAUGUCUGCAACAAUUCAAGUUCCUCUCCGACAAUAUUCCCGCCGUCAGGGCUCGGACACUCACGAGUCUAGAUAAGGUCGAGCUCUGGACAGAGCAGCCGGUCUGGGAUGCUAUCCUGAAGGAGAUGCAGGUGGUGGUGUCCACGCAUGCGGUUCUUGCCGAUGCGAUGAGCCAUGGGUUCGUCAAGAUCACCCAGCUGGGUCUGAUGAUUUUCGAUGAAGCCCAUCAUUGCAUGCGACGCCACCCUGCGAAUAAGAUCAUGCAGGACUUCUAUCACCCUGCUCUGGAAAGGCAUGGUGCAGAAGCUGUGCCUAAGAUUCUGGGCCUCACGGCUAGUCCGGUGGUGAGAUCGAAUCGACAGGAGCUACUGAAGAUUGAGUCCAAUCUUGAUGCGGUGUGCAAGACACCACGAACACAUCGAUCAGAGCUUAUGACACAUACUCAUCGACCACAUUUACAGCAGAUAUUAUUUACUCCGGUCCUGCUCGACGAUCUGCAGGAUGAUCCGUACAUCAAAAAAUUGAGAAAGAGCCCCCUUGACGGAAGAGCCUUGCAAAAAGUCCUCGAGUCUGGGAAAACUUAUUGCAAUGAUCAGCUAAAAAGAUUUGCGACUAGAAGCCUGCACAUCUUCGAAGAGCUCGGUGAAUGGGCUGCCGACUACUUCAUACACGCUUCCAUUGAGCAGCUCAAAGCAAGAGCCGGUAAUUCGGCGGAUACCAUGGGCUGGACCGACGAGGAGAAGGCAUAUCUAUUAGAUAUCGUCUCGAAACUACCCAUCCCGAAUAUUGAUCUCACCCACUCAGACCCAGAUAGAAUACCUAUUUCGUCGAAGUUCCGCUCCCUGCUGGAAUUCUUGGAUACAAAGGGCGAGCCCAACUUCUCUGGCCUGAUAUUUGCUAAACAGAGGGCUACAGUGAGCGUCAUGGAAAAGCUACUGUCCAUUCAUCCUGUGACGAAACAUCGUUUUCGAUGCGCUUCCUUCGUCGGCUGGUCCGGCGGUGGUAGCAAAGACGUUUUGGGUGAGCUCCUGGACGCCCGUAUGCAGCGUGAUACACUGAGCGAGUUCCGGACCGGUCAGAAAAACCUGAUUAUUGCGACGGAUGUGCUGGAGGAAGGCAUUGACAUUAGCGCUUGCAGUGUGGUGGUGUGCUUUGAUAAGCCGCCGAACUUGAAAUCGUUCGUGCAGAGACGAGGGCGCGCGCGGCACAGGCAAUCAACCUACGCUAUAAUGUUUGCUACAGAUGAUGAAUCUUCUGCACUGAGCAAGUGGGAGGACCUGGAACAGGCAAUGAUAGAAGCGUACGAGGAUGACGAAAGGCGACUGCGCGAGGCGUGGGCCCUGGAGGCCAUCAACGAAGAAGUGGUGGAAAGGCUUGAGGUGCAAUCGACCGGCGCUGUCUUGACGGCUGACACUGCCGUUGCACAUCUCAACCAUUUCUGCGCAGUCCUGCCGCGUCAACCGUAUGCGAGUAAUGAGCCCGAGUUCUCAUACGAGAAGGACGAUGCGGACCUAUUGAGAGGCACUGUCACUCUACCGUCCUGCGUCCAUCCCGGAGUCCGUCGUAUUCAGGGCCAGCGAUGGUGGCAGACCGAGCGAGCAGCCCGGAAAGAAGCAGCCUUUCAAGCCUAUAAACGUCUCUACGAGUUUGGUCUUCUGAGCGAUCAUCUACUUCCGUUUAAGAGGAAUUUAGAGCUCAAAGAGACCGAUCUUACCAAUUUACCAGCCCUUGUGGAAGUAUCGGAGCAGUACGAUCCUUGGGUCGACUGGGCUUGUUCCUGGUCAUCUCCCGAUGUCCACCAAACGCGAAUUGCCAUAAAGCACAACGGGGACUCACGCAUGUGUAUCAGGUUGACUAGUCCAACGAGCCUGCCUCCAGUUGAACCAAUGACCUUAUUCUGGGAUAGCGAGACAAUAUAUACGUUGGAUUUCGACAAACCAAAGCGAAUGAAAGAAAUUGCCGCUGAAAGCAUUGAAAAUAUGAGACUGGCAACCGCGCUAUACCUCCAGGCUGCAAGCUCUAGGCAAAUGAGGCCUGAACAAGAUUUUGUGACUUUGUUUGGACCGGACCUUACUGACCUUGAGUUGGCAGAAUGGCUCAACAAGCACGCAGGAGACGAGCCUGCGCUAGAGGUCUACUCUCGCAAGGACUUUCCUACGGUCAUGGGCAUUGUGCGGGACCGUUCACGCUACAAUGAGCCCAUGCUUUUCAAAAGGUGGGUUGUGUCUGGACAAGAUGACACGCCCAUAGUCGAACUUGAAUGCGACGCCGUCCCCAAGCGACGGAACCUGUUGCAUCGGCAAACAUUAGCUGCUAAGCAGCCUGAUAGUGAAACACCUGCCAUCUCCUCGAAGAUACGGCUUAUUCUUGCGGAAAAUUGCACCAUAGACAAACUCCCCUACGCCGAAACCAUCUUCGGCCGCUUCAUAUCGGUUAUACUGGAUAGACUAGAAGCUACAUUGGUUGCAACUAGACUAUGUGAAACGAUUCUACGCGAUCUAGAAUUUUCCAGCAUUCGUCAUAUUAUCACAGCCAUCACCGCGCCAAGUGCGCAAUCACUUACCAACUAUCAGCGAUACGAGUUCUUCGGAGACUCGGUCCUCAAAUUCACCGUCUCAUGCCAGCUUUUCUUCCAGCACCCCAACUGGCACGAGGGCUACCUUUCAGAAGGGCGAGACGAGAUCGUCCAGAACUCCCGUCUAGCACGAGCCGCUCUCGACGCCGGCCUCGACGCCUUCAUCAUGAACAAGAUGUUCACUCCUCGCAAAUGGAGUGCCCCCCUCAUCUCCGAAAAGAUCAGCCUCACCCCCAAGCAGCGAACAAUGUCCACCAAAGUGCUAGCCGACGUAGUCGAAGCCCUAAUCGGAGCAUCCUACAUUGACGGAGGCUUCGCCGCAGCACACGCAUGCAUUCAUCGCUUCCUCCCCGAAGUCAACCUCGAGAACAUCGACCGCACCACAGCCCCGAUGCCCAAAGACGGCGUCACGAACCACACCCUCAACGACGACCACCUAAUGGCCCACAUCGGCUACACCUUCACCAACAAAUCCCUCCUCGUCGAAUCCCUCACCCACCCAUCCUGCCAAUUCGACACAACCACCCAAUCCUACCAACGCCUCGAAUUCCUCGGCGACGCCGUCCUCGACAUGGCCAUCAUGUCGACCCUUCUCUCCCACCCACGCGAGAUCCCCCAAGGCCUAAUGACCAAGAUAAAACACGCCGUAGUAAACGCAAACCUCCUCGCCUUCUUCUGCAUGGAAUUCGCCCUCACCGAAAAACGCACCAACGUGCAAGUCACCCCCACCGGAACCGUAACCCUCAACCCCUCCACAGAACACAUCGAACUCUGGCGUUUCAUGCGAUACCAAGGCGCCCAUCUACAAACAGCCCGCGACCUCGCUCUAUCCCGCCACAGCUCCCUCCGCGGAUCCAUCAUCCACGGCCUUAAACACUCCCCAUCCUACCCCUGGAAAUCCCUUUCCCAGCUCAACGCCGAUAAAUUCUUCUCCGAUAUCAUUGAAAGUAUCCUCGGCGCUAUCUUCAUCGAUUCGCAUGGGAAUCUGGCGGAAUGUGAGAAAUUCCUUGAACGGCUCGGUCUUUUGAGGUACUUGAGACGGAUUCUUAAGGAUGAGGUGGAUGUUAUGCAUCCACGGAAUAUCGCGCAGCAGAUGGCGAAGGGGGAGAUUCGGUUUGAGGUCCUCCGCGUGCCGAAUGAAGGUGGUGGUGGCGGGGAGGAUGAUGGAGCGACGUAUCGGUGUACGGUGAAGAUGGCGGGCGUGGACGGCGUGGCUGUUGUUGUAGAGGGAUGUUUGACUAGUGAGGAGGCGGAGAUUACGGCUGCGGAAAGGGCCGUGGAGAUUUUGGUGGGGAGGGGAUGUAGUUUGUGA